AUGGCCCUGGAGCGGGCUCUGCUGGCCGCCCGCCACGGGGACGUGGACACCCUGAAGUCUCUGCAGGCGGAGGGGCUGCUGCAGCCGGGGCUCCGGGACCCGCUGGGCGCCUCGCCCGCUCACCACGCCGCCCGGGCCGGCAAGCUCAACUGCCUGCGCUACCUGGUGGAGGAGGUGGCGCUGCAGGGCAAUAGCCGGGCCCGCAACGGGGCCACCCCGGGCCACGACGCGGCGGCCACCGGCAACCUGGCCUGUCUCCAGUGGCUGCUGACCCAGGGAGGCUGCUGCGUUCAGGACACAGACAAUUCUGGUGCCACUAUCCUGCAUCUCGCCGCCCGCUUUGGUCACCACGAAGUAAUAGACUGGCUAUUGCGAUUUGGAGGCAGCGACCCAAUGAUAGCCACGGACACAGGAGCGUUACCUGUUCACUAUGCUGCAGCCAAAGGAGAUUUCCCUUCAUUGCGACUUCUCUUAGGCCACUGUCCAAACAGUGUUAGUGCCCAGACCAAGAAUGGUGCCACUCCCCUCUACCUAGCCUGCCAGGAAGGCCACCUGGAAAUCAUACAGUACCUGGUGAAGGACUGCGGAGCAGAUCCUCACGUGCGCGCCAACGACGGGAUGACCCCACUCCACGCAGCUGCUCAGAUGGGUCACAACACCGUCAUCGUCUGGCUGAUGAGCUUCACCAGCAUCAGCCUGUCGGAGCAGGAUGACGACGGCGCGACAGCCAUGCAUUUUGCUGCCAGCCGCGGCCACGCCAAAGUGCUGAGCUGGCUGCUUCUGCACGGGGGAGAGAUCACCACCGAUCAGUGGGGGGGGACGCCGCUGCACGACGCCGCUGAGAACGGAGAGCUGGAGUGCUGUCAGAUCCUCGUGGUGAAUGGUGUCAACCUGGGGCUCCGUGACCAGGACGGCUACACAGCCGCUGACCUCGCUGAUUACAACGGGCAUAGCCACUGCGCCAAGUACCUCCGCUCCGUCGAGAACAUGAGUAUGGAGCACAGAGUCCUGUCCCGAGACCCUUCGGCCGACCUGGAGUUCAAACACCCCGAUUCCGGCAUGUCUUCCCCCAACACAACCAUGUCUCUGCAGCAGGCGCAGUUUGACCUCGGGUCGCCAACCAGCACCCUCUCCAACUACGAUUCCUGUAACUCCAGCCAGUCAAGCACUGGGGAGAAGAGAAACAGCCAGCCUGGGGUCGAAGGCUCAGGGGGACCCGACAUGACAAUCACGGACAUGCAGACGUACAUGGACAUGCUCAACCCUGAGAUCCGGCCAAGCGAUGGCAAAAGGGAGGGCGAGGCACCCCCGCCUCCUCCCCCCAGCUUCCCCCCUCCUCCUCCACCCCCCAACUCCAAGCUUCCUCCUCCUCCUCCCGGCUACCCAGCACCAGAGCCCCCUGAGGCCCAGCACACGGCGGAGAUGUAUGUGCAAGCGAAAAACAACCUGCGCCACGUGGAGAGCGAGGUGCUGAAAAAAGAGUUAUCGUCACACGACAGCAGCCUGGAAGGCCUCCGGCGGGUCGACUCCAGCAGGAAAUCUAGGAACUUCAGCAAGCAGCCCAGCACCGGGGAUUACUACAAACACCUGGACAACAGUGCGGGGGAGCAGCCUGGCAGCUGGAAGAUGGCGCACAGCGAGGAGGCAUCUCUUCUUUCCAAUGACAACGUGCACAAUGGGAGUGCGGCUGAGAACAAGCCCUCUGNAGAAAUAACUUCAAACUUAGUUUCUCUCCCCCCUCCCCCUCCUCCUCCUGAGAACAUCUGUCCUCCACCCCCGCCCCCUCCACUGCCAACGGAGACUCAGGUGCCCUCUUUCAGCCAGCGCCGCUCAUCUUCUUCCACUGGAAGUUCCAAGUCGUUCAAUAUGAUGUCCCCAACCGGUGACAACUCCGAGCUGCUGGCAGAGAUCAAGGCUGGGAAGAGCCUCAAGCCAACUCCGCAGAGCAAAGGCCUCACCACUGUCUUCUCAGGCAGCGGCCCGACGGGGGCCAAUCUAGAGACUGCAGCUUCCUCCCUGCCCCUCACGAGGACGCUGACCCCACCAACCACGCCCGACUCAGCCUCUGUCCUCAGGGCCACCAGCUCUGCCGAGCCGGUCAUCAACGGCAACUCGCCGCUCAUGGCCUUGGUGCAGCCCAGCCAGCUGGACAUCGAGGCCCUGAUCCCCACCCACGACGAGCAGGGACGGCCCAUCCCUGAGUGGAAGAGGCAGGUGAUGGUGCGGAAGCUGCAGAUGAAGAUUCAGGAAGAGGAAGAGGAAAAGCGCAAGGAGAAGGAAGAAGCAGCUCGCUUGGCCACCAUGCCAGCCUGGAGGCGAGAGAUCCUGCGCAAGAAGAUGGAAGAGGAAAGAGAGCAAAAACGAAAAGAGCAAGAAAAAUUGAAGCGAGAGGAAGAGGAGAAGGAGAAAGCGCAGUCAGAAAAACUAAGGACUCUUGGGUAUGAUGAAACAAAACUAGCCCCCUGGCAAAGGCAAAUCAUCCUCAAGAAAGGGGAUAUAGCAAAGCAUUAGGCGAUCUAUAUUCCGUCUCUCCUCUUGUGAAUUUAAGAACCUUCUUCCUUAACGUGAGCUGUUCAGUAGGUCAAGGAGGGGCCAGCUGCUCUUUCCCACUGCAGACACUACCAGCUGAAAAGUCAUUUACUACUUACUGGCCCAGUGUUCAUCCCUCUAAUGAAAUAAACGCAGUAAGUGUAACCACUAACAUAUCGCAGAGAACUCUGUCCCUAGCUAGCAACGCCCUGGUGUUCCGCGUCCAUAAACAACGUAGCUUGGAAGAGUUUUAGGGCAUGGGAAAGGUUUUCAAAAGUGGAACUCACACGUGAAACCAAGUCAGUGAGUAGCUGUGUAUGGGAUCAAAAGAAACUCCUCCCUCGCUGUAAAUAUGGUCGACGCUGUAGACUGUUCUAUUCCACGUAAAACCUUCCCUCUACCUUAAUUCUGAACAGCAUUCCUGUAAGUGUCUCCUUCCCCAGGCCUUCCACUCCCUGCCAGUCAUUUGUUUACCAUAAAAUAUACUUUUACCAGUCCUAGUGGAGAUCCUACAAGGCUAUGCAGACAAGCUGAAUGUGGGUUUAUGAAUGUUGUGUAUAUAGAGUCAGUUGCUACUACUGUCUGUUCCGUUGGCGCCCUGUAGAUGCUGGCAUAUAGACCAUGCUUGGGUGUCAUCUUCAUUUUGCAUAAUGGACAUUUUAAAAGAACAUGUGUGGUUAAAAACACAGCGAGCUGUUUCUUCAGCUGCCAUAUUAUGUCUAGCCCCUGCUCCUGCACUGGCACCAUUGCCAUUGGGGGGGUGGGUCGUUCUGUUUUCUAUAUGUUUUUGUCAUGUGUUUCCUGGAGCUUCUAGAGGGAGAUUUUCAGCUUGUUUCUGACCUAGAACUUCUAUGUCUUCACCAAUAAAACACUAAGCACCUCCAGGUGUUUCCUGUUCCCUCCUGUGGUCCCCUCUCGCCCCCACACACAAGGAGCUCUGUCCACUCAGCCCAGGGCCCUGCUCCCCAAGCACCUGCCAGUUGUGCCCUGGGUGCCCUGUGCACUUAACACCACCCCCAGCUGGCUGGACCCCACAGCUUUCCCCCAACAGCCCCUCUCCCAUCGCUCCCAGUGCCAGAGCAUCAGCCUGCGGGAGCAGAGGCAGUGCAGGCAGGAUGUCCUCCCCACUGCCCUGGGGCCCUGCGCCUGGAGCAGCAUCUCCCCCCGCAGAGAAUGGGGGAGGCCGGUUGUGAAGCCCUGGGGGCUCCCCUGCAUCUAUGCUGGGGCCUGCCUGGGCGCUGCCCCCUGCGGUCUCAGAACACAGUCCAGAUGCAGUCACGGGCAAGAGGUUGCAGAGGAUUGCCAGGAAAUUGCUUCUCCCACCUCACUCCAAGGCUUACUGGCUGGGCCAGCUAUCCUCCAGCCACCGCCUCCCCGACAUCCAC